UCCACUGCAGCGGGGGCUCUUGUGUCCUUGUGCGGAAAUGACACACGGAGUCCCGUCACGUCACGCGAGAGCGCAGCGCACGGACACACACAAAGAGGGGAAAAUACACGGCGCCCGCCCGCCAACCCCCAGCACCUCCCCGGGCCGCCCCGGCCAGGCCCCUCUCGGCGCGCGCGGCGCCCCCACUCCCCGGCCCCGCGCUUCUCCCCCCCUCCCCACGUGGCGCCCCAAACUCGGCGCGGGCCCGCUCUGCAAAGUCCAGAACUCGUGUCCCAGUGGAAUAGAAGAUGAACUCACCUGAUUUCAGUGAAGAUGUAGAAGAAGUUCUAAAAAUUAACACUGUGAAAGUGGAGACGGAGGCCGAGGAUGCUGCCUUGGACUGCUCGGUGAAUUCCAGGUCUUUGGAGAAGCACUCUCUGGACCCUGUCUUCACGACGCUCCAGGAAUCCAGCAAGAGAAAGCAGCUGGGCGUGGACGGCCAGCCCGAUGCCGCUGUGCCCAGCGUGAAGAGACGGCGACUGAUUCCCGAGGCACUCCUGGCCGGCAUGAGGAACCGGGAGAACAGCUCCCCUUGCCCGGGCAAUGGGGAGCCGGCGGGCAGAGGCAGGAACUCGGGCUCCGCGUGGCCGGGGGAGGAGGAGGCCUGCCACGACGGCACCACCGCGUCCUACAAGAAGCCCCUGUACGGCAUCUCCCACAAGAUCAUGGAGAAGAAGAACCCGCCCGCGGGGGAGGCGCUGGGCGCCCACGAGCCCUUUGAGAAGGCCAACGCCAGCAACAGCCCCUCCCCGCUGCGGCUCCUCAACGAGUCGCAGAAGCGGGACGGCGGUGGUGGUGGUGGUGGCGGCGGCGGCGGCUGGCCCACAGCCACCACUGCUGACGGGGACCCCAACCUCUACUUCCUGCUGCAGAAGAUGUUCUACAUGCUCAACACCCUCUCCUCCAACAUGUCCCAGCUGCACAGCAAGGUGGACCUGCUCUCGCUGGAGGUCAGCCGCAUCAAGAAGCAGGUGAGCCCCCCUGAGCAGGUGGCCAAGUUCCAGCCGCCCCCCGAGUACCAGCUCACGGGCGCCGAGCUCAAGCAGCUGGUGGACCAGAGCCUGUCGGGGGGCGACCUGGCCUGCCGCCUGCUGGUGCAGCUCUUCCCCGAGCUCUUCAGCGACCAGGACUUUGCCCGCGGCUGCAGCGCCUGCGGCUUCGCCACCAAGCGCAAGCUGGAGUCCCUGCACCUGCAGCUGAUCCGCAACUACGUGGAGGUGUACUACCCGUCGGUGAAGGACGCGGCUGUGUGGCAGGCCGAGUGCCUGCCGCAGCUCAACGACUUCUUCAGCCGCUUCUGGGCCCAGCGCGAGAUGGAGGACAGCCAGCCGGGGGGCCCGGUGCCGCCGGGCUUCUUCGAGGCCGAGCCGGGGGUGGACGCGGGCCACUUCCUGGACACCAAGGAGCAGGAGGAGGUGCUGUCCCUGGACCGCAGCAGCACCAUCGCCUCGGACUACGUGGUGGACAUCCAGGACCUCACCGAGUUCCUGGACGAGGCCUCCACGCCCGGCGAGUUCGCCGUCUACCUGCUCCACCGGCUCUUCCCGGAGGUCUUCAACCCCGCGAAGCAGAGCGGCGAGCCGGUGCUGUACAGCUGCUACGGGGACGUGGGCAAGCGGCCGCUGGACCCGCAGCGGCUCCGCAUCAUCCGUAACUACACGGAGAUCUACUUCCCCGACAUGCAGGAGGACGAGGCGUGGCUGCAGCAGUGCAUCCAGCGCCUCAACGAGGAGCUCGACAGCCUGGGGCCUGAUGGCGGCAGUGAGGGCGAGGGGGGCCGGGACGACUGCUACGACUCCUCCAGCCUGCCCGAUGACAUCUCGGUGGUGAAGGUGGAGGACAGCUUCGAGGGCGAGCGGCCCGGCCGGCGCUCCAAGAAGAUCUGGCUGGUGCCCAUCGACUUCGACAAGCUGGAGAUCCCGCAGCCCGACUUCGAGGUGCCGGGCGGCGCCGACUGCCUGCUGAGCAAGGAGCAGCUGCGCAGCAUCUACGAGAGCAGCCUGUCCAUCGGCAACUUCGCCUCGCGCCUGCUGGUGCACCUCUUCCCCGAGCUCUUCACCCACGAGAACCUGCGCAAACAGUACAACUGCAGCGGCUCGCUGGGCAAGAAGCAGCUCGACCCGAGCCGCAUCCGGCUCAUCCGCCACUACGUGCAGCUGCUCUACCCGCGCGCCAAGAACGACCGCGUGUGGACGCUGGAGUUUGUGGGCAAGCUGGACGAGCGCUGCCGGCGCCGCGACACGGAGCAGAGGCGCUCGUACCAGCAGCAGCGCAAGGUCCACGUGCCCAGCCCUGAGUGCCGGGACCUGGCGAGCUACACCAUCAACCCCGAGAGGUUCCGGGAGGAGUUCGAGGGCCCCCCGCUGCCCCCCGAGAGAAGCAGCAAGGACUUCUGCAAGAUCCCCCUGGAGGAGCUGGUGGUGCCCUCGCCCGACUUCCCCGUGCCGCCCCUCUACCUGCUGUCCGACAAGGAGGUGCGCGAGAUCGUGCAGCAGAGCCUGUCGGUGGGCAACUUCGCCGCCCGCCUCUUGGUGCGGCUCUUCCCCGAACUCUUCACGGCCGAGAACCUGCGGCUGCAGUACAACCACUCCGGGGCGUGCAACAAGAAGCAGCUGGACCCCACGCGCCUGCGGCUCAUCCGCCACUAUGUGGAGGCCGUGUACCCCGUGGAGAAGAUGGAGGAGGUGUGGCACUACGAAUGUAUCCCCAGCAUCGACGAGCGCUGCCGGCGCCCCAACCGGAAAAAGUGCGACAUCCUGAAGAAAGCCAAGAAGGUGGAGAAGUGAGAGGGCGAACCCAGCGAGGACCCAGGUUUCUUCCCGAGCAGGCGUGCAGUGCCCACACACACACACACACACACACACACACACACACACACACACACACACACACACACACAUGCACACACAUGCACGCACACGCACGCACCUUAUGUCGUGGGGAGUGGCUUUCUCCAUUUGCACACUUAAACACCCGCCCAGCCGCCAGAAACGAGCCUUGUUGUGUGUGGUCUCUCCUCCUUCCGACUUCUGCCCUGCGUGCGCAGGCGGUGCGGCCAGAGGUGGCUGAGGUUCCCAGGUGUGAGAGCGGAGAGGCUGGGUGUUGGGGAGGUGAGAAGGGCAGGGGGGUCCUCUCCUCUCUCCGGGGGCUGUGUCCACCCCCUCUCCCGUCCUUCACCAUUCGAAUCACAAAAAAGCUCCCUUGUUCCUUGUCCCACAUUUCACAUCUUCCAUUUUUUUAUCUUAUUUUUUUUAAUUAAAAAAGAAACCCUUUAAAAUAAUAAUAAUAAUAAUAAAUAAUCAUCGUCACUGGUCUCUUUGGAGGCCGUUUUACUUAGGAAGGAAUCUUAGCUAUUUGGGAUGAAGUACUGUAAGAUGAUUUCUAUUGCUGGUCUUUUUUUUUUUUUUUAAGAUGGUUUCCAAUGUUCCACAUUGUCAGAAGUGCCGUGUCGGUGCCUGCUGGCGAGGGGGCCAGGAGACCGAGCUCACUGAUGUUGUCUUUUACUUCUGAUCUUGGAAACUUCCACUGCCCCUCCGUGGAAGGUGGGAAGAGCGGGGUGGGGCCCCUCCCGCCCCAGCCCCUCCCCGCUUCCUGCGGAGUGCAGGGCAGGGCUGGGGGUCUCCCUCUGGAAGGAGAACACUGGAUGACUAUACGAUGCUAUGAAUGUAGAUAGACGUGGAAGCGCACCGUCUCCACCUGCCUUCCACCACCCCUCCCUCCCCGCACACACAGCCACACUGGGUUGAGGCCACACACAUUUCCUCGGAAAAUGGGCGGAGGCCACACACAUUUCCUCGGAAAACUGCUGUGGGGGGCUUCUUGUUAGUUUCAGGAUGGGUCCCCCUCGGCACACCCCUUCGCCCCAAGAACUGUUUACUUGCCCCAUGUGCGUUUUCUGGGGGUUGGAUGGCAGGUGCCUCACCAGCCCUGGGUCAGCGCCUCCCCCUGUCUGCACAACCGUGGUCCUCAGGGCAAUCAGGCCGUGGGCCCCGCCGAGGGAUGCCUGGCCUCGCAAGGACACAGGCCACCUCAAAUGGGACUCCAGUGCCCUCGCCUGGGUUUCACUCAGCUUUUCUGCCUUGAACACCGAGAAGGCCCUACUGCCCUGUGUCUGGCUGCUCCCCCGAAGCCUCUGUGGCGGAGCUAUCUCGUCUCUCCCCACACACUGGCAAUGUCCAGCCGCUCCUGGCCAGCAUCUGCUCUCUGGGAGUCUUUAACAGUGAUCCAGUCACCUACUCGUCCUUGGGGCCCAGGUGCCCAAGGGAGAAAGGAAACAGCGUAAUCCAGGCGAAGUGCAUCUUACCAGCUACCUGGACAGUUGACAGUUAGUUUAGUUCAAUCACACGGGAUAGACCUAAAACCGAAUGUUACAGAUUUAACAACCUAAUGGCUUAAUAUAAAAAUGUAGAGGUAAUAGAGACGAUCUGUGAAUUUUCCUUCAUGGAUGAGGACUUCAGUUCUGGUUUCUGUCUGGCAUCAUUUUGCCUGCGCCCGGUGGGGGGCUCUUGGGGGCUGGGGAGGGUUGGUAAUAUGUACGACACAGGAUUCAGAGCAAUGGAAGGUGGCCAAUCUACCUUGAAUACAUUUACUUUUCCGUGUCACGGAUGAUUUCUGUUGAAACUGCAAGCCUAAAUAAUUGAAAUUUAGGAACCCAGGGACGGAGCGGCCCUGCAUAGCCGAGCCCGCCCGCAUGUGCACACUCGUUUCUUCUUCCCGUAGAAAGCUCGAGUGACACCCAGGGGACCUCCAGCAUGCGUUCACCCUCUUCGUGCCUAGAAAGAAGAAGGGGCCGGAGCAGCCGGGAGGCCCGCCCCUGCCCCUCCCUCGGGCCUUCCUCUCUUGCCUUAGUCUCUCCCCACUCGUGCCCACGUGCACGACGCCCGACCCAAAGACGGCGCCCGGACUCUCACCCGCAGCCUGCCGGCUGGAGCACACCGGGGGGCUUGUUCCGGUCCCUCUCAAGUGUCCAAGAGGAUUCCAAGCCAUGUGAAAAUUGCCCUGCUUUCUAGAGGGUGGGAAAGUCACCCUGUCCCUUCUGAAGCACAAUCACGCCUUGAUGAUUAAAAGUCAUAGCUACUCAUUCUAGAGAAGUCAGCGGGUCCCCUGUUCUGGGAGGGAGAUACGCCUCUCUGUACCCUAGAGCAUGUCGAGUUUCUGGACACCGUGAUUUGGCUGGUUUCCUUACUGCCUCCCUCUCCCGUGUUAAGGCUUCUCCACCCUGAAUCUCUAGUUCUGUCAGAGAAAUGGACGCACUGGGAGCUGUUCCCCGUCCCUCUGGUGCCCCACGAGGACGCGCCUGCAGGCCCUCUGCAGGCUACUGACCGCAGAGGUGGACCCCAGGGGCAGUCUUUACAUAAAGCAAUAGAUGUGCAGAAUUGUCACCUUUCCCCAAACAUAAUGUUUUAAAUUUUAAAGUCUCUUGACAUACCCCUCUGCCUCUCCCCAUCUGAAAAGCCUUUGAUAUAUAUAUAUAUUUUUUACUUACUUGGUUUUGUUUGUUUUGGUUUCAACCUUGUAUGGGAGGACUAAAGAGCUAGUGCACACUUUGAUCUUUGAUGUUGAGUAAAAUAGCCAGUCACGAUAGGUGGUAGUGAGCCUCGUUUUCUGUUAGGAACUUUGAAACGAAUGUAUGAAGAUAGUCAUGAAUGUACUCAGUGUUCUAAUCCUGCUUCAGUUCACUUGGGCUGUGUCUACAUGACAACCAACAUUUGACAGGGAAAAUGUCAUGUCUAGUGUCAUGGGCGUGGGCGCGCACCCCCCCACCCUCACCCCCCCACCCUUUAGCCCCCCACCCGUGGUGUCAACCCCAAUUGUCCUUUUUUUAAGUUUGGGGUGGGGUGGGAGUCCAUCACAUCAGCAGCAAUCAUCAAACCACCGAUGGGAUCUACUUUGUGGCGCAUGGACAAGCUGUGGCAGUGGCCACCCACGGCCCACCAGGGCCACCGGGUUUCCUGUGGAGAUGGCCUCAGUCCCCACCUCCCUCCACCCCACAUGUUGGCUCCAUGCCUGUUGAGAGGUGGUGUCAGUGCCCCUGAUGGCAGGUCAGCAAACGCUUGCCCUGCCUGGCUGGGCGGACAGACGGACAAUGCUAUGCAGUGGGGGGGUGAGGACUGAGGAGCUCUGACUGCCGUUUGGAAGUACUUGCCUCGUGUAGAUCCAGCCUUAAUGUUUUUCUGACAUCCUAGUGAUAGCAGUCCCUGCACAAAGUGGAUAUCAGAGUUGAUACUGUGAGGAGACAAAAUAAUGAGCAUAGUUUUACCAAAGAUGAUGAAGUAUCACAUAAUGUCUGCAUUUUACCAUUGGUUGGAGCGCAUCCUUAGAAAACUGAAUGUAACAAAAUAAAACAACCCAGGACAUUUUUUGGAAAUUGUAUGCUCUCUAGCAACUUUGUGUGAA